UACUCUCCGCUCGGGGAGGAUGAGUUUCGCGUUCUGGUCCUCGAGCCGGGAGCAAGAGAUGAUGAGAUCACGUGUAGACUAUGCAUUUGCAAUCACUCUGACAGGGUCCCAUACGCGGCACUGUCAUAUACCUGGGGGAACCCAAAGAAGGUCGAAAGGAUUCGAUGCAAUGGGCAUGAACUUGGGGUAGCAUCAAACCUCUACGGUGCUCUAUUACAACUGCGAGAUCCUGAUCGAGAGAGGAUGCUCUGGAUCGACGCAUUGUGCAUCAAUCAAGAUGACUUCAACGAGCGAGGCCACCAAGUCAGGAACAUGAAGACCAUCUACUCUGAAGCCCGAGAAGUCUUGGUCUGGCUUGGACCGGAAGACGAGGCCGUCAGCAGGGUUUUCAAAUCCUUGACGUCGUUCAAGCCAAACUUCUACUACUUAUUGGCUAAGACAUUCACUCGGUCGUCGUUAUUUUCCGGCUCAAGCAGCGAUUGGCAGACCAUUGGGUUCGACUUUGCCAUCGCGGAGGGCCAUAACCAUCUCUUGGCGGCGGACCUGGUCUCCCUGACAAAGGUUCUCGAGAGACCAUGGUUCAGGCGCUUGUGGGUUCUCCAAGAAGUUGCGCACGCCAAGCGGGUGACUAUCGUUUCUGGAAAGUGGACGAUCGAGUGGGAGCUUCUCGCACGCUUGGUUCGCUACCUCAACCACUCGGGACUACUCCUGGAUCACCUUUCAAAAACGGCACACGUCGGUGUGCUAGCUGUCGUCGAAAUGGAGACUGCAAGACGAGGUACGGUGGCUCGGAAGCAGCGAAGCUUGUUGUCGGUCCUAUUGGCGACCCAUUCUGGAGAAUGUUCAGAUGUCAGAGACAAAAUUUAUGCCGUCCUGAACCUAGCAGACGAUUACAAUCUCGAUCGAGACAUUCAGAGCUUCGGGCCGGACUAUCAUCUGAGCGCAAGGGAUGUCUUUACCAAAUUUGCCCGAUGGAGCAUUGCGAGGGGAAAUCUGGACAUCCUGUCAUGUACAACAAGGAGCGACACCCCAGGUACCGAGGAGCUUGAAGGGCUACCAUCUUGGGUUCCGGACUGGACGAGAAUCGACAACGAAACACCCUUUGUUCGAUACAUGAACAAGAUCUCCUUUAAAUCAGGUGCCAGCCUCCAGCGUCUGGCGCCAGAUGAGCCCAGAGUCACAGAAGAUGACAAACUCAUCCUGUCUGGAGUGGCUGUCGAUGUUGUAAAAGGAGUUGGUCCGCGUUCGACUUUCAACAAGAGUGGGAUUUUAGAGGGCUACUCCGCCCCAGUCCUGGCAGCCAACAAAAGAUGGCUAGAUAGCUGUCUGCGUCUGGGCUACUCUGCGCACCAGGGCAUGUUCUCCAACUACAGCUGCAAAAGAUCGUUCUGGAGAACCAUGACAGCAGGGUUGACAGGCCAAGGGGUACAAGCGCCUCCUCACUUUGGCUCGUGGUUCCACAAGUAUCUACACUUAUUGGGAUGGAUACAUCAACCAGCCAUGGAUAGUUCUUACCUACGUGUACCAGAUUUGGUCAUUACGGACGAUGACAGAAAAAGACGGACGCAGAGUGCUGCCAUCGAAUCUGCAAUACUCAUGUGGGCCUCCAAAAGACGCUUUGCCGUGACUGAGGGUGGAAGAAUGGCAUUGGUCCCCAAUACUACUAGGGAAGGCGAUAGGAUUGUUAUUGUU